GCAGUCGCGUGCCAUAUUAUAUCCAUCGUGUACGCCCGACAGACGCGUGUCUUAUCAUAUCAUAUGAUAGCGAUCGAUAUUGCAUUUUGUAUUAUAUUCUAACAGGUAGUACAUAAUCGUAUCAUAACAUAACAGUGCGAUUGUCCGACCGUCGCCUGGCCAACACACACUCUGCCAACUUGGCCAGCCCUAUGCGCGCCGAAGAAACAUCCGCACACACAAACCACAAUAAUAUUUGAAAUUAUAUAUUAUAUUCGCACUCUGGAGUCUGGACUGCGCUGCAAGUACGACCCAGGGAAAGCGAUCCCUGUCAGUGAUUGUCGUUUACCUGUAAUUAGUAUCGAUCGUCCGGUUAGUACUUAUAGUGUAUUAAUAAUAUAUAUUACAGAGGGAGGAACCUAUAUAUAUAUAUAAUAUACUGUAAUAUAUCCACCUGCAACUGCAGAGUUCUGCGCAGCGUUGUGAUGAAAUGAGUUUGGUGGUAAAUUCAAGGUCAGAACAUGUCCGUUUGCGAUUGCUGGGCCAGUUUCAAGUUUUCUCAAAUUAUUUUGUGUUUGAGCUGUCUACUCUAUAAGAGAUGGUCGGACGCAGAAGCCACUAGGCUGUUUUAUUUCUUCGAGAAGUCGUCCAGGGAGUGGCCGUUGCUGAACAACAUCACCAGGAACGGGGCCGGAUCUCUGUUCGCGGACGUGACUUUCGGCGGUUACAUAAUAAUAUGCGUGGCGCUGUACAUAGCGUACUUGAUGGGAGAGCUCAAGAACAGCAAGAAAACUGAAUCGUUUCUGUUGGUCAUCGGUGCGGCGCUGUUCAUCGCCGUUGGCUGUCUGGUGUUGACAGCCGUGGACAGCGUGCCCGGGAACCUGAUUGUCAACGCGCUCGUGCUGGGCACCCUGUCCAUAGUGACAGGCAUGGUGUUCGUGUUGGACACGUGUCUGUCGAACAGGCGGAACGAUAAGGAGUCGCACCUGUUGCCGAAGAACACUCGGUACGGCGACAUUGCGCGCACUAGGGCCGCCGUCGACGGUGCAAUGCAUGCCAACGGGACGAACGGAGUGCACGCAAACGGGACGAACGGAGUGCACGCAAACGGGACGAACGGAGUGCACGCAAACGGCAUGAACGGAGUGCACGCAAACGGCAUGAACGGCGUGCACGUCAAUGGGAUAAACGGCGUGCUGAAGCGGGAGACGGCAGUGGAGAACAAGCAGAAAAACGGCUUGCUUCGGACGGCCGCCAACGGUCGGACGGUGGAGACAAAGAACGAGAGCGUUCAGACGACCACGAGCAGGGAUCGUGGACGACCGGACGAAGAUGGCGACGACGUCGACGGGGUGUCCGCACAUCAGUACGGUCGUAGGUAUUUGGACGACCGCGGGUUCGACGUGAGUCACGGACAUAGACACACCGAGUGGUACGACACGGACAUGGACCUGCCAAAGAUGAAGAAACUCGAAAUCAACGUGCCGGCCGAGGAGUCUCCGGAUUACCGUCGCAGAUUUGUAAACGUUAAGAGCGGUAUUAAACUACAAUCACCAAGCAUUACUAGCACUGUGCACAAUCAACAGGAAAGUCCGAAGGAAGAAAAUGAGCAUGAAGUGAAAAAUGCCAGAGUACCGUAUGUUUUUUCAGAAAAAAAGAGACCAACUAGACCUACUGAUCUACCCUUGAAAUCACCUGUGGAGAGAGUGAAUGAUUCAUUACAAAAAUCGGUUAAAAGUCGAUUUUACUUUGGGGCGAACACUGAAGAGCCUAAAUCGCCAAAUGAUCCUGGCUACGUGCUGCACACUGUAUCCAGGUGGGAAGAACAACCUGCAGCAGCCGUGCCACAAAAUGGAUACAAGAACUUUAAAAGAAGUCAAGUAUAGGAUCUUUGGGAGAAUUUUCUUCUUCAAGUACGUGUUGGGUUGGAUCAAAUGAUUCCUUAUCGUAUUCUUUAGUACCCAAAAUAUUUGUACCUUUAAUUC